AUGCGCCUUUUAGGAGUGCACAAGGAUGACGAUGUGCUUUUUACUGGACGCUUGGGAACCGAACCACGGAAAAUGGUGAUCAGGUUUAAGGGAGGAGAAGCCUACCAUCUUAUGAUAGACAUAUCUGGUUCAAGCCGGAAGCCGUCGGUGACAUUCAUUGGUAAAAAAAAAUUCUGCACCCACAACACCGAAGCCUGCAACGCAGACAUUCGCAUCAACGAAGCCUGUGACGCAGCCACCCGCAACAUCGACACCUGA